AUGGAGUUCCUCAAAGGCCGCUCCACUCCGUCCGGCACACGCAAAACGACCGGCAAAAAGAACGAUGCACGAUUCUCCAACGAAGAUGACAGACCCAAUGAAAGACGAAGGACGGAUAGCCGUCCAGUUUCGUCGGCAAUUGACGCUGCGACGAUGUUACAGUCGCUAUCAUGGCUCCGUGUCGGUGGUGCCCCUCGGUCUGAAGCACGAACACGCAUGAUCGAGGAUGCAAGGGACCACGAGCAUCACCACAUCGAGCCCCAGGCCCCUUCACAACAAUACUCGCAGUCAAGGGCCCCCGCUCGGCCCAAGGUUUCCAUCCCCAUCGAGUACCGAUAUCACAACGCUCCUCCCACAGGCGGUCAGUUUGCGAUACCCACCCACAACACGCCCAAUAUCGCAUGGCCUCUUGCCGAACUCGAGGUGGACAAAGAAACGUUUGCAUUCGAUGACAUCCAACAUGACACACAAUCACCGCAGAACAGCAGUAAUCGUGGCUCCAUAUCACCCGUCUCUGCGUACUCGGCGCGCCCAGGGAGGAAUCCAUCAGUCGGGUCUAAUGUCAGCCCCAUCAGCCCAAUAGAACCAAAUCUCUACCCGCCGCCGGCGAAACCUCUGCCGUCUAUUCCUCUUGCGCCGUCUAGAUCCCAUUCGAGCCGGCAGGUUGCGCCUUCAAUAAUAGCGCCUUCCAUCAUGGAGUCAGAGGUGUCUUCACUAUCCUCAACUACCUAUUCCUCACCAACCUUACCAACCGACCGGACAUCACUCUCACCAUCGCGCCCGGCAGCCAUGUUCUCUCAUAGAGCUCCUUCAAACCCACCAACUAGCCCCAGAAAGGUACCCGAAGUCAAUAUAGAAGUAAUAUUCUGGAAAGAGCUUGGAAUAGUAGGGAAGCGAAAGGGGCUGUGCAAGGUGAAGGCCAUGGACGUCUCAAUAAGCGGAGGAGUCGUCGCCAUUAAACACGCCAAUUACAGCCUCCAAUUUUGGAACAUCGCGAGCGGCGCUCUCCAAACCACAAUCGACGUCCCAACGUAUAUUGACGCUGGGAAGCGAGCCAGAGAUACUUACGAGGUGGGCCACAUGCUCAUCUCUGACACGGCGAAACUGGCAGCCAUCAUAACAAACUUUGGGCGGACGCUUGAGAUCUGGAACUGGGCCAAGAAGAAGAAGGUUCAGACGAUCGACGACCAGGUCGAUCGGUGGGCGGCAGACCGGUUCGAGUCAUACAGUUCCACGUGGAAUCCGCUCGCCGUCUACAAGGCCAGGCCCUGCGUCAUUGACGUGUAUACGGCCGCCCCGAGCAAGAAGCCCUAUGCUAAAGUCCGCAUCAUCGAUCUACGAAAGGCGGAGUUCCCGUAUGUGCCUCAGCAGCUCGAGCUAGCCAUCGUGUCGAGCUCUCACCUGCUUGUGGCCGCCAUAGGUCCCAAGAGCGCGAAGGUCGGGCAGCCGCCGCCAGACCGGGAGAUCAUGCUCGUCGCGUGGGAUAUUUCCGAUUACAGGGAGGUGUCUCAUAUCCCGCGGCAUUUCGUCAGACCUCUACACCACGCGGAGAUUGAUUUGGCAGUGCCCACUAUCCUCGUUGGACAUGAGAACACAGUCAUUUCCGUCUGGGUCCCUCCAAGCCACUCUGUUUACAGAGAAGCACACCCUCGCACAGGACUGCCCGAGUGGAAACUGUCUAGUGUGGUUGGCUCGACACGUCAUGUGCUUGUAUGGGAUUUGUCUGGCAACAUUACAAAUGUCUAUCAAGUACCCAAUACAGUGACAUGCGUCAGUGGCGACUGCCGAUUUGUGGCAUACAGCUUGAUAGCAUACGGCCAGACCAGAAUAGUUAUAUCGGACGCGAGAUCGGGGACCGAAGUGCAAUCCAUCCAAGAAAUAAUCAGUGGAAGAGUUGUCACGGAGCUGGCAUUCUCUCGUGAUUCGAAGUUAUUGAUGGUGGGAGAUGCGGAUGGUAACACAAAUGUGUUUGAGGUUGAUAUCAAGGUCUCGAGCUGGAGAUUUUAG